AAAAAGGAGAAACAGCUGAUCGAGCAAAACAAAACCGCAGAUUAAAUUAAGUGCACGUUUUGUUUCGCUAUUAUUUGGGGAAGAAACUAAUUUAAGUUUUAUUUGUAUAAAUUUACCACGAAAAGGGGCAAGUUCACUAUCCAAAUUGAAAGGUCCAGUCUCCCGAUCACAGGUUAUCUCAAGAAAUAUGUGAAUUAACAAUUGCAAAGCAAACAGCGACGGACGAUAGAGCUAGCAAAAUAACAGUUUCAAUAAACGUUACUCUUCGCCACGCGUGUGGAUGCCACAAAUGUGGCGCAACACUACACCACUCCUUCCACUGUAUACCGCAGAUACAGCAACAUAGUCUCGCAUAAACAACUCAGACCCCGCUUGACGCUCUCUACGCACCCCAAACUAAGCCACCAGCCUGUCUCUCUCUUGCUCAACGCCAGCGAUUAUUCCACCAUGCAUGCAUUCAAUUUGAACACACACACCAGCGCCUUUAUUGCCAUGAGCAUCACUUACCUGCUGUUCGCGCUGCACACCUUAGCCUACCACGUAGGCACAUUGACGCCCGCCACAGGCAAAAUCCCGACAACACAUACAACCGUUAGCACACGCAAGCUGAAUCACACGGCUUUGCUGGAUAUGUCGAUCGACUUUGCGAUCGAUCCGCAAGCGAAUGCAACUGUGGUGGCGUCGACGAUGCCGACGUCGACAUUGGCAGCGUUGGCGUUUGGCCCUGACAGUGGAUAUGUGUACGAAGACCGGCAAGGUCAUGUGGUGAAGCGCGAAAAUAUCGAGUACGAUUUGACCGGCUUGCGCGUGUACAAUGUGGGCGUGUUGAUGGCAUCACAUCUGGAUUCGCCCUUCGAUCUGGAGCGCUGUGGACCCGCCGUGGAUUUGGCAUUGGAUGUAAUUAAUAGGGAAUUUUUGAAGCCGCAUAAAAUCAAAUUGCGCAAAGUGCAAGCAAGUUACCCUUCCUGUUCCGGUGCAAAGGCACCUGGUUUGGCUGCUGACAUGCAUUUUAAGGACGACGUCAUAGCUUUUAUUGGACCUGCUUGUGCAUUUGCUUUGGAGCCGGUGGCACGUCUAGCUGCCUAUUGGAAUUCUCCGAUCAUUACCGGUAUGGGUGAUCAGCCACCUUCUGAUGAUGAGCUAACGGUCACAUCUGGCAUAUUAGGAAAAAUUCAUAAAUGGAAAAAUGAGAGCACGGACAAGAGUAAAUAUCCCACACUUACGCGCAUGUCAUAUUGCCAGUGUCGUCUUAAAUUGGUGUUUGCCAGUAUUUUUCGGCAAUUUAAGUGGAAACAUGUGGCAUUGAUCAUCGACCGUUCGGACCUUUUCUCCCUAACUGUAGGCAAGAAUUUGGAGUAUGGACUACGGCAAGAGGGUCUACUUAGUUUUGUACGUGAGUUAAAUGGCAAUGAACAAGAACCGUAUGAGAAUUACUUGAAGGAUGCGAGCAUGUAUGCAAGAGUGGUCAUUUUAUCCUUGCGUGGCGAGUUAGUUCGUAAAUUUAUGCUUGCCGCUUAUACGCUGGGCAUGACGAAUGGCGAUUGGGUCUUUUUAGAUGUCGAAAUAUUUCAGAGUUCCUAUUGGGAUGAUCACGACUGGGAAGCGGGCGAUGCGUUCGAUAGCCAUGCACGAAAGGCCUACGAAGCGUUGUUACGUGUUUCGCUGUUGCAACCUACCAAUCCGGAGUAUCAAGGCUUCGCUGAUAAAGUGCGUGUUAUGGCCAAAGCUUACAACUAUUCCUUCAGCGAUGGCGAAGAGGUGAACUUUUUCAUCGGCGCAUUUUACGAUGGCGUUUACUUGCUUGGCAUGGCCUUUAAUGAAACCCUGAAUGAGGGCGGCGAUCUACGUGAUGGCAUGGCUAUAACACGACGCAUGUGGAAUCGUAGUUUUCAUGGCAUAACUGGUCAUGUACGCAUAGAUGAUAACGGUGAUCGUGAUGCUGAUUACUCCAUAUCCGAUUUAGAUCCGAUAAAUGGCAAAUUUGAGGUGGUGGCACAUUAUUAUGGACUUCAUCGCGAAUAUUCAGCCGUGGCAGGGAAGAAGAUACACUGGCCUGGUGGACGUGAAGGUCCACCACCGGAUGUGCCACGCUGUGGCUUUUUAGGCAACGCGCCGGAAUGUCAUGGCAAUGAGUUAAUCAUUAUGUAUGGAACAUUUGCAUUCGCAAUUUUCCUUGGCUUUUCCUUCCUGGUCGUUUAUCUGAUGUGCAAGGCUAAAACUGUAACUUCCGAGGCGCAUGCAAAUAAAAAUCUACUUGAGAAAUAGCGGACACCCUACUGCACACAUACAUACUACACAUUAUAUUUUGGAGGGCUCAAUGCAAUGACUACAUAAUUAAACAUAAAUACAACAAAUGGGAUAAAUAAAAUGAUAAUCGCUAAUGUAUAUUACCUUAGUAUAUAUAUACAAAUAUACUUACAUAUAUGUAUAUUGUUUAUAUAUAUGUACGUAUAUAUAUACAUACAUACAUUCAUAUAAAUAGAUAAAAUAGCUCAAUAAAAAUAAAUUCAUUUAUGCAAAUGUAAAGAUUUUCGGUGUAAAACUGUAACGCUCACCUCUAAAAUACUUUAAAAUUUACACAAACACAGACUAUUUCAUUACAAAUAAAAUAUUUGAUUAAUAAAAUAACGGCAUUUCUUAUUUAUUUUCGGCGCAGAUUAUAAUAGAUUUUUUUAUACAGUUAUUCACAAAAGUUUUACCGAAACAAAGUGUUAAAAAAAUAAAAA